GCAUGGAUCCACCACGGAGAUAUCAUCGUUUUCCGUUUCAGUCUUCAUUCCAAAUGUCUGAUGCUUUUUUGGAAAGUUUCGCCGUUGUUUGCCUGCAGAUGACUGUCAGACCGGUUUGGAUAGAGUCAAGGAAACAAACACCAGGAAAGUAGUAACAGGAAGCAAAAGACGGGAGAAAAAGGUUUGGAUGGCUGAUUCUGAAUAAGUGAACAGGAGAUUGGGAUUGACAUGAGGGUGAGAUGAAGUGAUUAGUUUGUAAGUGGAGAUACAGAGGAGAGAGAGGGCAGUGGGAGGGAGGACAGACACAGGGUCCAGCCCUCUGGGACAGCAGUUUGCAGAACAUCACCGGACACCGACGUGAGAGGGACGCCGCCAGUUAUUCUCUGAAACCAGACCUACCUCUGAUGCCACACACACAUUCCUCCAUCUGCUGCCCAGAACCUCUGCCUGCUGAUGAUCCAACAGAUCUGCUGUGGAAAAUGUGGGAUUAAACUUCCUGAGGCAAUGGAUUGGAGUCCAAGACUGUUUGAGUGAAUGACUGGAAGAGGAAACUUUCACCCGAAAUCCAUUUCUGCGUCUGGACUCUGUCCUCGACUCGGCGCUGAUAGCCGAGCGGUCCAUGGUGGUGGUGAGCGAUGUGGGUCUGACUGAACUCGGCGCACAGAUGCCUGCCGCUAUGCUCCCGUGCUCCGCGCCAGCCGGGUCGGACUGGAGCUUCCAGAACCCGGUGGGGGUGGACUGCAGCUCGCCGGAGCCGCGCUGCAUUUGGGUGGCCGUUCUCCACGGAGCGGCGAGUCCAGCGCCACGCGCCGAACCGGCUUCGCCUGGCCAAAACGCACAUCAGCUCAGGGCUAAGGGGCGGAGGGAUGGUCACUCCUCAACAGGUGACAACCCUCGGCCGCCGAUGGCGUCCCGGCCGGGAAGGGAGGGGGUCGGCGUGGGCUGGAAGGGUCCCCGGACGCUGGUCCUCCAUAAGAACUCCCAGGGUUUUGGUUUCACGUUACGCCACUUCAUCGUUUACCCUCCAGAGUCUGCUCUGCACACCAACCUCAGGGAUGAGGAGAACGGCAACGGGAAGGGGUUUCAGAAAGAGCGACUGGAGCCGAUGGACACCAUAUUUGUGAAGAAUGUGAGAGAAAAGGGUCCGGCCCACAAGGCGGGUUUGUGCACAGGGGAUCGUUUGGUGAAGGUAAACGGAGAGAGCGUUCUUGGAAAGACUUACUCGCAGGUGAUCGCUCUCAUCCAGAACAGCGAGAGUGUGUUGGAGCUCUCCAUUAUGCCAAAAGAUGAAGAUGUGCUUCAGCUGGCAUACUCACAAGAUGCUUACUUGACCGGGAAUGAACCCUUUGCCGGGGGAGCCGAGAACCUCCCGCCACCGCCUCCCCUCUGUUACCCACGCACCAGGACUGCCCCCCAUCCUGGAGCCCCGCUUUGCUCCCCCAUGGGCCAGAACCAGCUGGAUAACUGGAGUUGCUGGGCAGGGUCUUCAAGCCCUUCGUCACCCUUAGAUAACAGAUCCGGCGUGGCCAGCCCAGCCAGCUGGCAGGAGGGCCGGGCAGGUGAGCCAGGUGGAGUGGGUCACAGCAGUCCAGCGCACCGCACAGAGGAGAUCCAGUACGGUAUGACCAGCCAGCAACCUCAGGGUCAGACCAGGAGGCGCUCCUACUCUUCGUCCUCCUCAUCUGGAGGUCUUCUAUCCAGCCCCCUGCAAGUCCACUACCCCAACCACCAGAGUGCCGGGUCCCAAGCACAGCCUCGCAAGUCCAGCACAGCCUGGACCAGUCCGCCAAUGGCUCCAGUCCGCACCAGCCGCAGCGAUCGCUGCCAGCAGGCUCUCUCCGACUGGUACUACAGCCAGCAACCCGAGCGCUCGGGACGCAGCAUGCAAACCCGCCACCGCAGCUACUCUCAAGACCGGCUCAGCGAGCACAGAAGGCAGCAGCAGAGGGCAGGUGGCUGGCCACACAGCGCCUCGCAGGAUACCCUCUUCCUACUGCAGCAGUCAGGGCAAGGACCUCAGGGUGAGCCCUAUUGGUCCGCCGGAGACUGGGAGGCAGGACACGACAGGGGCCGCUCUGACUACACCCGGACACGCUCUGAAAACCUGCUGGCCCAGUACGAUCGCCAUGGUCGCUCGUUGGAGAUGUUGGACCGAGCAUCAGCUGGACUGGUUCCGUCUCGGUCUGAGAGGCAGCCGUGGCCCCAACAGUCUUCACAGCCACCCCACAGGACUGACGCCUACCCAAGACCAAGGUGCCACACCGUCGUGGCGCAAGCUCCUUCAGUGCCUCGACCGUCGCAGUCUAAACACCACCCCCAAAGCCACAACCAGACCCACUCCCAGCCUCAGCAGCCCGUUCUCCAGAGCAGGCGGCUUCCUACGGGGCAGAGCAUGGACGAGCAGCAGGUGGGAUAUCGCAGCUACAGCCCGUCUUUUUACCGCAAGACAGGCCGCAUCCUGCAGCAAGCUCAGUCUUUCAGGGACCCGUCGUACUCUGGCCCCCAUUUGAACUGGAACCCAGCCCCCAAAAGCGGUCCCCCAGAGGGAUCGUCAGCACCUCUCAUUGCCUCUGCCUCUACACCCCUCGUUUCGGUCUCUCCAGAAUCCCAGGACAGGGCAUACAGGCCGACAAACCACGAGAGGGAACGAGGGGCAGUGGAGGGGCAGGCGGAGAUAGCGGAGCAAACACCGGAAGUGGUGUUGAGGCAGAAACCCCCUACUGGGCGGAGAAACGCCAACAGACACCCUCACUACGGCAUGACUAUGGACGAACUAGAACCCUCAUUGUUUUCUCCAGAUCCCAAAGACACAAAUGUUCACUCUGGCUCUACUGAAGAUGUGGCCCCUCGCAAAGCAAAUGGCAACCUUGCUCCCCUUUCUUUAGAUGACGACUCCCUGGCCUCCAUCCCAUUCAUAGACGAGCCAACCAGCCCGGGCGCUGAUUUGCGUGCCCGCCACGUGCCGGCCUCCUCUGUCGUGUCCAGCGGCAUGAGUUCAGCGCCCCCCGUGGGCACCAGCCCCGCCUCCCCCACCUUCACCUUCCCCUUCAAUAGGCUCUUCUCACACGACUGCAGCAGUAUUAAAUCCAGUCGCCGUUCCUCCUAUGUUCUAGCCAUCACAACGGAGCGAUCCAAGUCAUGCGAUGAAGGACUCAACACGUUCAGGGAGGAACGGGCCUCGCUUUACAGAAGGCUUCCAAAAAGAGUGAAGAGUUUCUUUGGAGAUGGGUCUCUGGACAUCCUUGCGACAGCGGAUGAGGUUCGCUCCAAGCGCCACUCCACCUCCGAACUGGGAAACAUCAAUUACAGCAACAUACGGCGGGAAGGAUGGCUGCAAUUCAAGCAAAUCCUCACCGAGAAGGGAAAGAAAGUCGGCAGCGGGAUUCGGCCGUGGAAGAGGGUGUACUCUGUCCUUCAGUCCCAGUCGCUGUUUCUCUACAAAGACAAGCGGGAGGCGGUGCUCCGCGGCGCCUCGAUCGAAGGCGGGGCCGAGGACGAGCAGCCAAUCAGCAUCCGGGGCUGCCUGGUGGACAUCGCGUACAGCGAGACCAAGCGCAAGCACGCCCUGCGGCUGACCACCCAGGACUUCUGCGAGUACCUGCUGCAGGCGGAGGACAGGGAGGACAUGCUGGAGUGGAUAAAGGUCAUCAGAGAGAGCAACAAGAUGGACAGCGAGGAGCUCGGAUCCUCCAGACAGGCUCUCAUCAAUAAGAAGCUCAAUGAUUACAGAAAACAAAGUCCAACAUCAAGUAAGCCAGAUUCGUCUCCCCGGAUGCACCGCAUGAUGCCUCCGUUCCUGCUCAAUAAGACGGAAAACACAGCCGGAGCGCCGCGCUCCCCAAAACAGGACGGCAAAGACGAGAGCAGCCCUCCGAAGUCUCCCUGGGGAAUCAACAUCAUGAAGAAGUCAAAGAAAGCCGGACCCAAAGCGUUUGGUGUGAGACUGGAGGAAUGUCAGCCUGGCAUCAACAACAAGUUUGUCCCGAUGAUCAUUGAGUUCUGCUGUGGUUUGGUGGAGGAGAUGGGCCUGGAAUACACCGGGAUCUACCGGGUUCCCGGGAACAACGCCAUAGUCUCGCUGCUUCAGGAACAGCUCAAUAAGGGCGUGGACAUCAACCCUGCAGAAGAGAAGUGGCAGGACCUCAACGUUGUUAGUAGUUUACUCAAGUCCUUCUUCAGGAAGCUUCCAGAGCCUCUCUUUACCAACGACAAGUACAACGACUUCAUUGAUGCCAAUCGGAUGGAAAACCCAUCGGAGCGACUGAAGACCAUGAAGAAACUGAUCCGAGAUCUUCCAGAUCAUUAUUAUCACACUCUGAAAUUCCUGAUUAGCCACUUGAAGACGGUUGCAGACCACUCCGACAAAAACAAGAUGGAGCCUCGUAACUUGGCUCUGGUGUUUGGGCCUACGUUGGUUCGAACCUCUGAGGACAACAUGAAAGACAUGGUCACCCACAUGCCCGACCGCUACAAGAUCGUUGAGACGCUCGUCCAACAUUGCAUCUGGUUUUUCACAGACGAGCUCGACAAGGAUGAGAAGACACCAGUGGACACAGAGGACGUCCAACCCGCCCCCAACAUCGACCACCUUCUGUCCAACAUCGGCAGGACCGCUCUGCUCGGCGAGGCUUCAGACUCAACCAACAGUGACUCAGCUAAAUCAAAGGGGUCAUGGGGGUCAAAGAAAGACCUCACCGCCAAGGACUUCCUGGCUCUGUCCAUCAUGUCCGCCGUCACAGGCCGCAAGCGAAGGAAGCGCCACCUCGCCCGCCGCGUUGGAAGCAGCACCGAUGAUGACUCCGAGCACGAACCGGUGAAAGCGGGGCACCUUGGGAUGGAGGAGGAAGAGGAGGCAGAGUCGCCAGGGGGAGACACUGCUCCUCGAGCUGAGGGAGAAGAGGACGAGGAGGAGGAAGACGACGACGAGGAGGAGGAGGAGGAAGUUGUAGCAGGUGGAGAGAAAGAGGAGGCAGAAGAGGAGGUGGUAGCCGUUGUUCCCAGUCGGCCGUGCUGUAGAGAGGAAGAGGAGGCAGGAGGAAGGCAGACAGCUGUUUUGUUGCAGGACGAGGCGGUGCAGGCGGAGGAGGCGAAGGGCCCGUCGUGGAGAGCGCCAGAGGACGCUCGCUCCAUUGUCUCCGGCUACUCCACCCUUUCCACGUUAGGGCGAAGCUUGGGGUCGGAGGGCAGGGGCGACGACGCUGACGACGAGCACAGCGAGCUGGUGAGCGAGACGGACAACGAGAGCGGCUUCGUCUCACGCUCCCUAACCCAGGAGAGACCCAGCAAAGAACCGACGACGCCCACGAGCCAGCCGUCAUCGGCACCUCGCAGCUUCCUCUACUCCCAGUGCAAACCGCCGCUCCUCUCGCCCAUGAACCUCCUCACCCCAGCAGCGCCCACCGUUAAUACAGCCGACUCUGUCGAGAGGAGCGCAGGAGGAGCGCGCUCCAACACGCCUUCCUCUUCCUCCUCCUCCAACGCUCAGAGGCUCCACUCGCGGCCUUCCUUCAACUCCCACAAGCUGAUCCAAUGCGAUACUCUGGCCAGAAAGAAACUGAAGUCGGAGAAGUCCAAGGUCCGCUCCCUGGACCUGCUGGAGUUUCAGGUUGAGGGGACCGGCUCCGGGUCCGACAGUGCACCGAAACCGAAGCAAGACCCCUCCAGAACGAACGCUUCCUCUGGCAGCAGCCAGGAGAGCCUGCGCCUGUCCCGGCCGAGACCCGCCCUGCCGCCCAGCGAAGCCGCCUCCUUCACCCCGACGGGCCCGGGCGGCAGGUCUCUGGCCGAGCACGUCCGGGCUCGCCUGCUGGGCUCCGCCGACGACCUGCGCAGCGUGGGGCUGCGAAAACCUCCAUCACCCGAGACACGGAGGAAGAAACGAGCGUGGCGGAGACACACCGUGGUGGCCUCACCCACCGAGACGUCCGACAAGAGACCCCCGCUGAGCGUCAAUGAGUUCCCGCUCUCCCCCGUCAACCAAAACCAGGUGAAAACUCCAGGAGCAGACAGCCUGGACCAUGAACCAGUUACACGCCAAGCCCCCACCUCCAGAUUCCACCAGUACCUGUGAAAACCUCCAGGUGCGAUCCAUUUUGGCAUGGCAAGGGGAACCCCAGUGUUGCCAAAGCUUUAGGGUCUUUUUUCUUUGCUUUUUUCUUAUUAAAAAAAACUUUCCUGUGCAUAGAAGAUACAAUAUGGUGCAAUCCACAUAUUAACCCAUGCGCACCAGAUGCUAUGUGUUGCGCACAAGAUAUUAUGUGAAGCGCACUAUGCUGUGUCUCGUGCACUUAUUAGUCUAUUUUUAUUUUUUUCUUCAAUGUCCCUUUAGGGGCUUCGUAUAAGACAUAAACAAAACUCAUCAUUAAUGCCAAAAAUUCACAAUUUAGUAAAAACAGGCAUCCCUUCCUUCCUGACUCGCAGGAGAGAUGCUCUCAAUUGGUCACAGGAGGGCGCUGUUGUGCAGCUUUGCUCUGGUUGAGAAAAAAAAUGGUGCUUCUAGCUAAUUCAGCUUAAUGGUAAAUGUUACAAAAGCUAUCAUGCAACAGGAGUAAAUUCAGCAGAUUUCCUUUUAUCCUGCUACCAGUCUUCCUGACCUCGCUCACUGUAAAACUCCCGUUUUUAGUCCGACACAAGGACACAGAUGUCUGUCUCUACUUGUUAAUAACGUCUAUGAGUGUUUGUGCAGAAAUGAUCACGUUUUGUAGCAUUUUGUACAAAGCCUUGUUAAGUUAACCUGUGUAAAUAUAAAUGUUUGUUUUCACCUGUGAGCUUUUUUUUUUUUUUUAGUUAUUUUUAUAUGGUUUACAAAACGUGCACAGAGUGCAGUCAUUUCUUUCAAGAAGUUACUUGAAAUGUUUCCCUUAAUAUAUAUUUUUUUGUUUAUAUUCAAUAUAUAUUAUAUAUUUUGUAUUAAAGUAAAAAAUAAAAACAGUA